AUGCAGCUAUUCUGGGAAAAGUUGAGCAAGCCGUACUUUGCAGUUGCACCGAUGGUUGGAAAUUCAGAGGAAGCAUGGCGCAUGCUUUCCAGGAGAUACGGUGCAAACAUAUUAUACACAGAAAUGGUUCACUGCGAGUCCUUUUUGAAGGGAAGCUGUAAUCCUUGCAACAAUCAAUGGUAUACGACCUCGGAGAGUGAUCGACCGUUGAUUGUCCAAAUUUCUGGAAGCUCUCCACAGAAGAUGCUAGAGGCUGCAUUGAUCAUCCAAGACCAGUGUGAUGCAAUUGAUGUUAACUUUGGAUGCCCACAGAAGGUUGCAAAGAAGGGAGGAUAUGGUGCAUAUCUCCAGGACAACUGGGAGUUGACUGCAGAGAUUAUAAGGAUGCUGUCAAUUAAUCUAAAGAUUCCUGUUACAUGUAAAAUCCGGGUAUUUGAGUGUAUUUCCAAGACUGUUGAAUAUGCAAAAAUGAUUGAGAGUGCAGGAUGCUCAAUGCUGGCGGUUCAUGGACGAACAAGAGAUCAGAAAGGUGUUAUGAUGGGGCUUGCAAGCUGGGAUCAUAUCAAAGCAGUGAAACAGAACUUGAGGAUUCCUGUACUUUCGAAUGGCAACAUAAUGAGUCAUGAAGAUGUCUUGAGAUGUCUUGAAUACACUGAAUGUGAUGGAGUGAUGGUUGGAGAGGCUCAUCUGCACAAUCCGCUUGUGUUUUGCAAAUUAAGAGGCUCAUGCCUGGACAUGAUCAGAGAAUAUAUUGAAAUAUGUAGUAAGCAUCCAAAUAGUGCAGGCAUCAGGCAUAUGAAGUCUCAUUUAUUCAAGCUUUUGUCUGUAUACUUUAAAGAAAGGCCCGAGAUGAGGCCGGUUCUUGAUGGAUGCGAUAAUAUCGAGAAGAUAAAAGAGUUCUACUUAAGACUUGCGAGUGAAGCAGUGCUUUCAGAGAAUAAAGACAAUGGAUAUGGUAUAUACGAGAUGAGGCCGGAGCCUGUGGAUCUGAUAUGUAGCAUUAUGAAUGAAAGCCGGAGUUUAUAA